UGGAGAGCUGCCUGUGUGCUAUAUUGCUAUCUGAGUGACGUGCCUGCGCUUCUGUGCGGGAGUGUACCCUGCACCUGGCUUCUGUCUCCCAGGGAUGUGCACAGAGCGAAUCCUGAGCCCUGGCUCCUGUGUGUGUGUCACAGCUCAGCAUUUCCACUCAGUCCUUCCUCGUGUACACUGAGAUCAGCAUCUUCAUAGGAUACAGCAGCUACUGCGGUAACAGCACCAGGCAUAUGCUGUAGCUCCACUCUGUGCUACUUAAAGGACUGCUGAUCUCAGAACAUCAUGUAUUCUCCUAUAAUAUGGAGCCUUGUGACAUCUUCAUAGGUGUACGGUACUUGGAGCUUGGCAUCUGCACACAAGUAUUAUCUGAUGGACAUCAUUUAUUAGCUUGGCCAGAUGUCUAAGGGUAUCUGGAUGUGCAGAAGAACACAAAGACUGAAGAAGUCCUGAAGAUUGAUGGAGGGCCAUGCAAUUCAAACAGCAGGCGUUGCUGAGACAGAAGCUCUUUGUACUAGGCAGCCUCGCUAUUGGAAGUCUCCUAUAUCUAGUUGCCAGAGUUGGGAGCUUGGAUAGAUUACCUCCCAUUUGUCCAAUUGAAGGUCGGUUUGGACCACACAACCAGGAUGGGAUCAAUCUCCGAGCUAUGCAGUUUAAGAGAGGACUACUACAUGAAUUUCGUAAAGGAAAUGCAACAAAAGAGCAAAUCCUCCUACACAACCUGGUGCAGCAGCUACCAAAGGCCAUUAUUAUAGGUGUAAGAAAAGGAGGCACAAGAGCCCUUCUAGAGAUGUUAAAUCUACAUCCUUCUGUGGUCAAGGCGUCCCAAGAAAUCCACUUUUUUGAUAAUGAUGAAAACUACGCAAGGGGCAUUGAAUGGUAUAGAAAAAAGAUGCCGUUUUCUCACCCACACCAAAUAACUAUUGAGAAAAGCCCUGCCUAUUUCAUCACGGACGAAGUCCCCGAACGAAUUUACAAAAUGAACUCAUCAAUAAAAUUAUUGAUAAUUGUUCGGGAACCUACCACGAGAGCUAUAUCUGACUACACUCAGGUGUUAGAGGGCAAAGAAAGAAAAAAUAAAACUUACUACAAGUUUGAAAAAAUGGCUAUGGAUCCUAACACAUGUGAAGUAAACACCAAGUACAAGGCAGUAAGGACCAGUAUCUACACCAAGCAUUUGGAGAGGUGGCUUAAAUAUUUCCCGAUAGAACAAUUUCACAUUGUUGACGGAGAUCGUCUAAUCACAGAACCACUGCCAGAACUGCAGCUUGUGGAAAAGUUCCUCAACCUUCCACCUAGGAUUAGUCAAUACAAUUUGUACUUUAACGCCACCCGAGGGUUUUACUGCCUGCGGUUUAACAUUGUCUUCAACAAGUGCCUGGCAGGAAGCAAGGGGCGCAUUCACCCAGAAGUUGAUCCUUCUGUUAUAACCAAAUUGCGCAAAUUCUUUCAUCCUUUCAAUCAAAAGUUUUACCAGAUCACUGGGAGGACAUUUAACUGGCCCUAAACUGCUAUUGUCUACAACACUGUGUGUUGCAUAAUGCUUUCAAGUAAAGUCUGUAAUAGGACAGGUAUGCACUUUUCAUGGGCACCUUGAUUAAUUCAUUCAAAAUACUUUUCAUUUAUGGAGUAUAUGUAUUAUAUGUACGCGACCAAAUAUUUGAAGGAAACUUUUCUUUCUAUUUAGAAUUAUUUGAACAGGCAAAAUACGUGGGACCCUUAGAUCAACAGCAUCAUAUUUAAAAAGUUACAGUGAUUGAACUUACUUAAUUUAGGCCAAAAUAGCUCAUUUUUAAAAACAAAAUUCCAAUGUGCCUGUGUCCAGCCAUAUUUUCUCAAAUUGUAAUGCAAGUAACUUUUACCUUUAACAGUGCAUAAACCCCUACAAUAAAUAACCAAUAUAUCACUCCUUAGUUUUAUUUGAAUCUGCUUUGUAAAUGUUUCAGAAAAUUAUAUGUGUACAAGUACAAUGAAAUAGGUUUCCUGUUAAUGUAACAUUUAACUGGUAUUAAAACACAAUUCCAAAACGUGUAACAAUGCUGGUCAUAAAAUCCCCUACAUAUCUACUAGCAAGAUAAAUAAAAUGGGAAAUGUUGAUUUUGGAAUGGUUCUGUCUCAUUUAUAAAUCUGCUAUUCCCUAUUAUGCAAAUGAUCUGAAUUUGCAUGCCAAGACAUACCAAGUCCCAAACAAUGAGUAUGCAAAUUAAUUAUUUUAAAUAUCAUGUGCCGUUCUGCUGCUGCAAUCAAUAAAAAUGUGUUAUGCUCUGUCACCUGUAGCGUGUAAACACAAAUAGGUAACAGGUGUCCUUUAGCAAAGAGAGUUACCAAAGGCACAAAGACAAUGGAACUUAGUAAAGUUAGAUUUGGAUAUAGUUUAUUUAUUGCAAAUUAGUUUUAAAAACUCACACAUCAUUUCUUUGCAUAUUCAAAAUUUCCGUUUUUGGCUUGUACAAUCUACAUAAAACCCAGGUUUAAAUGAUAUUACAUAGUAAAAUUAAUAAACAUUUCUGAAUGACAGAUAGGUGCGUAAUUAAUUUAUGUGCUCCAAAAUUCUCGCUGCUUAUGGCUCUCUUUGUCUUGACAUAAAUGGUUUAUUAGCCAAACGCCUAUUUUUUUUUCAAAAUUUAGUC